UUACUUUUACGUUUCCAGUCGAUUCAAGGUGCAACUUGCGUUCACAACACUGAUUAGCAAAACCAAACGAGCGAGACAACUUGGGAUUUAGAACCGAUUAUUCUCGUACCGUGCUGCACAUCAUGGACCAAAGGUUAAUUUUUGCGGCUAUGCUGCUCUUGAUAAUCCCUUCUAUUGCUGCAAUGGAUCCCUGGGUCAAACUGAAUUCCUAUCCUGUAUGUUUUGGCGCCAGGAAAAACACGUUUGGCAGUUUCAGCGUCCCUUAUGGUGGCAAGAUAACCGCUGUAAAAUUGGUCCACCUAAGCGGUUACGUGACCUGCGAUAGGAGAAAAUUUUCCUACUGGUCCUUCUGGGGCUGUGGCAAAAGGCCUGCAGUAAAAGAUCACGUUGGUGUCGUCAUAACAAAUUCAACCAGUUACAUUAUUACGCCACAAAGCCCGUUCCUCAAGAGUACUCCGCCUGGAAAGUUUUCUAAUUUACCCAGAUUUAAAUCGUUUUCUCCUGAGAUUAUCCUGCCGCGUUUUUCUCCUUUCCCGGUGAUCUCGGGCGAAGAGUUGCGACUGUGGUAUGGUGAGGAUUUGGUGGGCUUCACUGAACACGACAAUGACGGACGGGUCUGCUGUAAUGUUUACGCUCUCUAUGACUGAUAUAAGUCCUAACAAGAUUGCCGUUAAAAGUGUCCGGCAGAUUUUUCUGUUAUGACUCAAUUUUCUUUUUGACUUUCUAGGUGCAGCAGUUAAGAGUUCUAUAGUAACAUUUACUAUUAUAGUUAUUGCUUUAAGACCCUGCAGGUAAAGGAAAAACGGAGAUAAGAAAUGUAGAAGGCUGUGUUACAAUUGUGUUUGAACUAAGUGAUUAUAUGGGUAUUUUAUUGUACACAUAAGGCGCAUAACGAAUUGAUUUUUCUUUAAUUUGAGCAACUAAAAUAAAGCGAAGCUGUCAAGCAA